UAAAUCUUUUUGUUGAAACUACGCGCAUCAAUCUGCAUGUUGUCUCGUAUUGGUGGCUGCUUCAGGAUAAAAUACCAAAAAUGUUUAAGUACUGGUUCUUAUCACUUAAAAAGACAUUCAAUAACCUAUACAAAAGGUCAUAAAAGUAGAGAAUAUAAAGAUUGUACAAAUGCAGUACUUUCACUUGUUACAUCAGAUUUCAGGUGACAGUUAAAGGCUCAAUAGUCCUGUUACUUAUUUUCCAGUAUCAACAUUAUCUUCUGUCCUGAAACCAACUAUAAGGAUGUCUACCAAGUAUACUUCCACCAAAGAAACGACUAACUAUGCCCGGAUAUGUAGACUGGUCAUUGAUGUCUUCCCUGACGUCUUCAGAGAGUUACUCGUCACUCGACUGCCAUCUGGACUCCCUUAUGUACUUUCCAGUCAAAAGGGUCAGAUUAUCUCCCAGUUGAAUAGACAACAGAAGAAAAUGCUUUACCCCUCGGGUGGACUGUUCCAAGGUUCUGAGAAGGAUAUGGAUAUUUCUUUACUUUAUAUCCUUCUAAGAAGUCUAGGGAACAUCACUCCUCAUGGAAAGGGUUGGGGUAAUGUUCCAGAUGUUGCAGACCGUUGUCUGUCAGCAAACAUUGAUCGUCUACGGAUACACAGAAAUGAGAUAGUGCAUGCCAACAUUGCAUAUCUUUCUAAUAGUGACUUUAGGACCAGGUGGGCCGACAUCCGUCAAAGUGUUGAGGACAUACAGAAUAGUGACCUGAAGACAGGGAUGUUUGUACAAGCCGUGGAUAGUAUACUGACCAUGACCAUGGACCCAGAUGUAGAGAGGAAGUACAUAACUCUUGUAAAGAAGAUAGAAGGGGAAAUCAGUGACAUAAAAGAGAGACAAGACGAGAUGGCAACGGACUUGGAUGAUCUCAAAGGAACUGUUGAUGAUGUGAGUCAUCAUGUUGGUGCUGUGAGUGAUGAAGUUGGAGCUGUUAGGAAAGACGUUACUGCUGUGAGUGAUGACGUUGGUGAUGUUAGGAAAGACGUUGAUGCUGUGAAGGAAGAUGUCAGUGCUAUGAAGCAACGUUCAUUGACAAUUGGAGGUAUGACAGAGAAUUAUGUUGGUGUUUUGGUAAAUAUAAUUUGGGAAGAACUUUUGAAGUUUUUCCUAAGUCAGAGACCCCUUGUAUUUUGUUAGUAGGUACUUUGACAGAUGAGCCAUGUAGGCCUUCUGGUUUAAAUUACAUACAUUGUUACUUUUGAUUAUUUUACCAGAUCUUUGUUAAUCAGUGUCAUCUGAAUUUGAUAGAUAGCAGAAAAUGUACAGUAUAUUUAA